GCUCUUAGCUCAAUAUUACAGUUGCCCAUCCAUAUUGUUUCUCUUCCGCCUCCACUGCCCGCUACUCCACCCACUCCCAGUUCGUCUGUCAUCUCUCGCCAUCCACCGCCACAGUUUUGCACAGCUCGGAGCUGUUGAUACAAAAAGGAACCCACCUCAGAUAAACUCAGGAUAAUAGAGGGAGAGUGAACAAUGAAUAAGGGUAAGAUUUUCAAGCUAGCCAAGGGCUUCAGGGGAAGGGCCAAGAAUUGCAUAAGGAUUGCCAGAGAGAGGGUGGAGAAGGCCUUGCAGUAUUCCUACAGGGAUCGCCGCACCAAGAAGCGAGACAUGCGCUCCCUGUGGAUCCAGCGUAUCAAUGCUGGCACCCGCAUCCAUGGAGUUAACUAUGGAAACUUCAUGCAUGGGUUGAUGAAGGAGAACAUUCAGCUGAACAGGAAAGUUCUGUCGGAGCUUUCGAUGCACGAACCACACAGUUUCAAGUCCCUGGUAGACAUUUCUCGCAGCGCCUUCCCAGGAAACAAGAACGUGGUGCCCGCUCCUCAGAAAAAAGGCCUCCAAAUUCUUGUGUAAUUGGCCAAUUAGUAAGAUAAAAUCCUUCUUUGCUUAAUAUUUAGAGCUUUUGUGGAACAAAACUCAAUGAGAUUUUCUUUGUUUUGUCCUUUAGAACUUGAUUAGUUUUAUUUGCCGUUAAUGCAAAUUUUGGUGAACCUGCAAUUACCUAUA